AUCAUGUGCUGUAAAAAUUUGACAUUGACGUAAAUCUAACCUUAUUUUAAUUUCAAUGCAGUGUUAUUGUUUUAAAUUUUACCACAAUGAAGAAACCCAAAGGUGGACCUCGUCCUAAAAUAGUUAAUACACGUAAAGCUAUACGUAAGGAGAAAAGGCACCAGAAAAAGUUACAUAGACAAGAGCACUAUCAAAAAAAGAAACUGGUCGGAGAUGGGAAGAAAUUUGAACCGGGAAAGUUUGUUAAACUUCCAACAGGUCAACAAGAAACUUCCAAUGGAGAUAAGAAAAAGAAGAAUAAAAAGCAACCAUUAUUCUUGGACAUCCUUAAUAAGGAAAGACAAAAAGAAAUUAAUGUAGCAGAAAAACUAAAAUCAGAAAUGGAAGAACAAAGAAGACAGAUGUUACUCAAAGCUAAUGAAGAUGAAGAUAAGGUUAUUAGAAAGCUGGAGAAACAACUUGGAUUAAAUAAAUCUAAAAAUAAGAACAAUUAUUUUGCUGAUGAUGGAUUGGACUAUUUAUUAGAAAUUUGUGAUAGGACUACAUCUGAGCAGAUUGUGGCUGCGGAAAAACAUUUAGCUGAUGUUGAAGGUGAUUCAGAUUUUGAGGAAGAUUUGGCUGUGGUUACGGGAAAGAAAUUACCCGAGGAAAAGGAAAAAGGAAAGGAGAAAAAGAAGAAAGAUAAAAGUAACUUAAAAGUUAUAGAAGAUUCAGAAGAUGAUGAUUUUAGUAUGGGCGAAAGUGAUGAACAAAGUUUAUUAGAUGGUGAUAAUGAUGAAAAUGGUGAAGAUGAAGAAUUCAGUGACCUAGAAAAUGAGGAAGAAAGUAAUAAUGAAUCCGAAUUAAGUGAUGAUGACAACAGCAAAAAUAACAAAACAAAAUCAAAUAAAAAAGACAAAAUAGUAUCUGAAGAUGAUUUAAAUAAAGUGUUCAGUGAUGAUGAAGUGUCACAUUUGUCUGGUGAUGAAGAUUUAGAUGGAUCUGAUUUAGAAAGUGGUGAAGUAAAUGUGCCUGAUGAAAAUAAUAAAGAAAAGCCUGAUAUUUGGGAGGAUAUUUACGGUAGGAAGAGAGACAAGGAUGGCAAUAUUAUAAAAGAAGAGAAAGGAAUAUACAUUCCACCACAUUUAAGAAAUAAGGAUUCUGCUUCCGAAAAAGAUCUAGUGCAACUGAAUAGACAAAUUAAGAGCAUUCUGAACAAGUUAUCAGGCAGCAACUUGCACUGGGCGUGCUCCUCCAUCGAGGGUCUGUACGGCAGUCACAGCCGGCACGCGGUGAGCGGCGCGCUGUGCUCGCAGUGGGCGUGUGCGACGGUGGCGCCCUCCGCCGCGCCCGACCGCCUGCUGGGGGAGCACGCGGCGCUGCUCGCGCUGCUGCACGCCAAUGUCGCCAGUGAAGUCGGGGCCCACUUUCUGGAGGAGCUGUGUCAAAUGUUUGAUAAGAUGGUUGACAGCGAGCAGGCCGUGGAAGACAAACGGCUUGACAAUUUAACCGCAUGUCUCGCAUAUCUAUAUAGUUUUAAGAUCUUUCACAGCGCUCUUAUGUACGACAUUUUGGGUCGUCUGCUCCAAAACAUGUCAGAGAAGCAUUGCGACUGCGUGCUGCGCGCGCUGCGCUGCGCUGGCGACGUGCUGCGCAAAGACGACCCUAUGGCACUUAAAACAUUCAUACACGACACUCAAACACGAGUCGCUAAACUAAACGAGCAAGCUGCUACCGGAUCCCGCAUAAAGUUCCUACUUGAAGUGCUACUGGCGGUGAAGAACAACAAUCUGAGUAAGAUCCCCAACUACGAGCCGACCUACGUGGAGAGCUUGAAGAAGUCAUGUCGCAGCAUCGUGCGGCGCGGCAACACCCUCACCACGCUCAACCUCCGCCUCCACGACUUGCUCACAGCAAAGGAGAGAGGCAAGUGGUGGAUAGUGGGUUCGGCGUGGGCGGGAAGUCGGCCGCAAGAGGCGCCCACAGCCGCCCUCGCGCCCACAGCCGCCCUCGCGCCCACAGCCGCCCUCGCGCCCACAGCUGACCACAAGCUGCUGGAGCUGGCGAGGAAGCAGCGCAUGAACACUGACGUGCGCCGGAACAUAUUCUGUGUCAUCAUGGCCGCUCAGGACUAUAUGGAUGCAUUCGAGAAGCUGCAACAGCUGGGGCUGAGAGGUCAGCAGCAGCGCGAGGUGGUACAUGUACUGCUCGCCUGCUGUCUGCAAGAGAAACUGUACAACCCGUACUAUGCCCUGCUCGCCAACAAACUGUGUCAAUAUGACAGGAAGUACCAGUUAUCAAUCCAGUUCUCUGUAUGGGAUAAGAUUAAGGAGUUGGAGUCAGCGAGUAAGCAGGUGCUCACCAACCUGGCGCAGCUCCUCAUACACUUGGUCAUGGAGAAGACAUUGCCGCUAUCAGUACUCAAGAUAAUACAAUUCUCAGAUUUAAACAAGAAAUCGGUACGUUUCAUGCGUCAGAUCUUGCUGGCUGUGAUAAUGAACGAUGAUCUUCAAGCUUCCCUGGAGGUCUUUCACAGGAUAUCCAAGUCUCCCAAACUGCACAUGUUCCGUGAAAGUCUACGGCUAUUUAUACAGCACUUCCUUAUAAAGAACGCAGGCAAAAAGAGCACUGUAUUGAGCGAACAAGAAAUGUCAACGUUGAAAGAACGAGCCUCGGAAGUUGAUAAAAUAUUGACACUCCACGAAUCUAAGCUUAAAUUUUGA